GUCGUCGAAGAAGAGAUAAAGCAGGAAAAAUAAAUCGCAUCAGGGUUAGUAGCAAAAACGUCCAGUGACGUGGCUUGUAGAGGGUUGCCUGACAGUAGACACAGACAUAGGGGGUUGGUAUGUUUUAAAAUGUCACAGAAUGAAAACUCACCUAGUGACCCAGGCAAAAACAUGGAGGGUCAGGACCCCAAGAUGCCAUCAUCUUCUACACAGGGUGAUUCUUCAGCUGACAUUGAAAGUGACAAGUCCACAGACGUAGCCCCUAUUUGCAAGACGAGGAGGAGACCAGAGAGCAAACCUCCACCUGAAUUUCAUGAAGCUGCAGAUACACGCAGUCCAGCAGAACAUGCAUCAGAGGCUGCCACACAGAUGACUACAGCACAAGGUGGUUGGGGUUACUGGGGAAACUGGGGCAAAUCUCUUCUUUCCACUGCCACAGCUACUGUGGCCACAGUAGGCCAGGGACUUUCUCAGGUCAUCGAGAAGGCAGAGACAUCACUGGGAAUCCCCAGUUCAGAGGAUCUCGCUGCUCAAGUGGAAGAGGAAGAGAAAGCAGAUGGUCAAUCUGGUAGUGAAGCUGACAAGGGGGAGAGAGACAGUUACGCAGUGGGAGGUGCCAUGGGAAUGUUCUCCUCUCUCUCUAGUGUGGUCCAGAAUACGGGUAAAACGGUAAUAAGUGGUGGCCUGGACGCUCUGGAGUUUAUUGGGAAGAAGACCAUGGAUGUAAUAGCUGAGGGAGACCCUGGCUUUAAGAAAACCAAAGGGCUCAUGAGCAGAACAUCUACACUAUCACAGGUUUUACGGGAGGCAAAGGAGCACGAGGAGCAACAGACAGCCAAUGUCACCUUAGAAACUGAGAAGAAGGCUCAUUAUGGGGUGUUGUUUGAUGAGUUUCAGGGCCUGUCACACCUAGAGGCUCUAGAAAUCCUGUCCAGGGAGAGCGAAGCAAAGGUAAAGUCUGUGCUGACCACUCUGUCUGGUGAGGAGCUGGCUCAGCUCAGAGAGGAACUCGAUCGGAUCAGAGAGGCCUUCUCCCUCAUGGAGUUUGAUGAGGAGGAGGAGGUGGAUGAGGUGAAAGAGGAUGAUGGUGAAAACUUUGUAAAUGGACUGACCGAUGCUCUUAAGAAGCUUCACAUAUCAUCAACAGCAGAGAGGCUUGGCAAGGCCAGGAAGAAUGCAUUUGAUCGCAUCACAGACAUGAAGUUGCCAACUGAAGAGCAGAGCAGUGUGCAGGAUGCAGAAGUGACCAGAUGCACCAUUGAGGAUGCUCACAUGUCUGCUAUAACCAGCCUGGCUGAGCUCACAGCCAGAUCCAUUGAGCAGUUCCACAAGGUGGCAGAAAUGCUGCUUCACUCCAGCAGUGGGGAGGUGACUGCCCUGGAGCAGGCCAAAGUCCUCUCACAAAUCACCAUUGUUCUCUGCAAGGAAAUAACACUACUGUCCAAAAAGUUCACGGCUUGUUUGACAACUAUUGGGUCAAAUGAAAAUAGAGAGGUCCUUAAUCCACUAAUCACUGGAGUCUUCCUGGAGGCUUCAAACAGUGCAUCAUAUAUCCAGGAUGCCUUCCAGCUCUUAAUACCAGUGUUGGAGGUGUCUCUCAUUCAGAGGACUGCAGCCUCAGGCCAAUGACCAUUCAGCCCUCUUUAAUGUGCCAAGUAGCUAUUUGGGUAACAAUAAGUGAAAGUACAAUACAAGACAGGUGAAUGGAGAUUUUCCCAAAUGGUUCAGAAAUGCUUUUUGUUUAUGCAGUGCAUAUGUUCAUUAAGGCAAAUUCAGUAUGGUAUAACUUUGCCUUUAGAGUGUUAAUGGGGGUUUUAUAAACAUUUUUAAAUAUUAAAGCUAUGUAAUGCUGUUUCCUCUGAUGUACAAAGACUUUUAUUUAAUUGGGAAAUCUACCACUUAGAAACAAUGUACUAUCAACUGUUAUUGUUUGACAUUUUGCUAAAUGUCAGUUCAUUCAAAUUGCAUUCAUAAAGCAUAAUCAGUAUUAAUUAUUUUAGCCAUAAUGAGAUGGUAUCUAAGAAUUGUUUUUUUAGUAUGACAUGUAAUUUCUUCAUACUGACUCAAUACUAAAUAGAAUCAGUAUGUCAGUAUAUAAUGUAAUCUAUUGGUAACACACCUUAUGUGAAGGUUCUUUAGUAUCUAUAUUAUGAUUAGAUACAAUAAACUUUCAGAAGAGUUAAAAAUGUUGCAUAAAGGCAGGUUGUAAAAUC